AUAGAAGGUAAGUUACUAUAAGACUUGUAUAUAACCUAAUCUAGUUUAUUUUUUAUUUCUGUCCGAAUUCACCCACAUUUCACGCUUCCCUCCUUUACUCCUUCCAUCAAUUCUCACCAAUACAUGCAUCCUGUUCCACAAUACUCCUGUUUUCCAAACUCAAUAGCAACACGACCUUCACUCCAACCAAAAGCACAAAAACAUAUAUAAAAUCCUUUCACUUUUUUUUUUUAUCAUAACCAUUAUCACCUUCAAUCUUCAAUAUGGAAUAUCAACAACAAUCCAGGACCACACCAAAACAAGAACUACCACCUCUAGUAGCCAUGUUUCCAACUCCAGGAAUGGGACAUCUCAUUCCAAUGGUCGAAUUCGCCAAGAGACUCUCCAAACAUAACCUUCCCAUCACCUUCAUCAUCCCCAACGACGGUCCACCUUCAAAGGCUCAAACAACCGUACUCACCUCCCUACCUCAUGGCAUUUCCCACGUCUUCCUCCCUCCGGUCACCCUCUCCGACCUCCCACCCAACACCAAACCUGAACCACUCAUGAUAGCCACCAUCCUUCGUUCUCUCCCUUCUCUCCAUCAAACCCUACUCUCUCUCAUGACUUCCCACCGUCUCUCUGCUCUCAUUAUCGACCUAUUUGGUACCGAUGCCUUUGACAUGGCCGCUGAACUAGAUAUCCCUUCGUAUCUCUACUUCCCUUCCACUGCCAAUAUGUUGUCCUUUGCCUUUUAUUUUCCCCAACUCGACCAAAAAGUUCAGGGUGAGUUUAGGGAUAUCCUUGAACCGCUUAACAUCCCAGGAUGUUUUGCGGUUCACGGGAAAGACUUACCAGACCCGGUUCAGGAUCGAAAGGACGAAGCCUACAAGUGUUUUCUCCACCAAAUGACAAGACACAGGUUGGCUAAAGGAAUAAUAGAGAAUAGUUUUUUUGAACUUGAACCGGAGGCUAUUACUUUUUUGCAAAAGAAUGAACCACCGGUUUAUCCGGUUGGACCGUUAGUGAAUGAAGACUCUAUUAAUAAUGGAUCUGAAUUUGAUAUGUGUUUCCAAUGGUUGGAUGAGCAGCCACGUGGAAGUGUAAUAUAUGUGAAUUUUGGUAGUGAGGGGAUCCUUACUAGUGCUCAAACAGAUGAAAUUGCUUAUGGGUUGGAAAUGAGUGAACAAAGAUUUUUGUGGGUUUUAAGGUGUCCUAAGGAUAAAGUUGAAAAUGAUUCUAAUUUUAUUGCUAAUAGUAAUGUUGACCCUUUUGAAUUUUUACCAAAUGGUUUUACAGAGAGGACUAAAGGGAAGGGUUUAGUGCUCCCAUAUUGGGCCCCACAAGCACAAGUUUUGAGUCAUAUCUCAAUUGGAGGGUUUGUGAGUCAUUGUGGUUGGAAUUCAACUCUUGAGAGUGUGGUGAAUGGUGUGCCUUUGAUUGCAUGGCCACUCUAUGCUGAGCAAAAGAUGAAUGCUGUUUUAUUGAGUGAAAAUGUUAAAGUGGCUAUUAGACCUAAAGUUGGUGAAAAUGGGUUGGUUCAAAGGGAAGAAAUUGCAAGUGUUGUGAAGAGGUUAAUGGUAGGAGAGGAAGAGCAAAAGAUUCGUUAUAGAAUGAAGGAUCUCAAAGAAGCAGCUAUUAAUGCUCUAAAGGAAAAUGGGUCUUCAACAAAGCAAAUAUGUGAAUUAGCUCUCAAAUGGAAAGGUGUGACAAUACCAAAUUGAAGUUGCAUUUCAUUUAUUCUUCUUUCAAUGAAUUUCGUCCUCUUGCCCUUUGCCAUUAUUUUUGUUAGUUAUAAUUUGGUUAUGUCAUUUAAUUUGUUAAUCAUAAUUUUAUUACUAGAUGAAGAUAUUUUUAGUCUU